UCCGGCUCUGAGUUCCGGAAGUCGCUUGCGCGGGAGCCGAGUGCGUCCGGUGUGGUCUUUGUGAGAUUCCGACAUGGCGUACCGGGGCCAGGGCCAGAAAGUGCAGAAGGUGAUGGUGCAGCCCAUCAACCUCAUCUUCAGAUACCUGCAAAAUAGGUCUCGCAUUCAGGUGUGGCUGUAUGAGCAGGUGAACAUGCGGAUAGAGGGCUGCAUCAUUGGCUUUGAUGAAUACAUGAACCUCGUAUUAGAUGAUGCAGAAGAGAUUCAUUCUAAAACAAAAUCAAGGAAACAACUGGGUCGGAUCAUGCUAAAAGGAGAUAAUAUUACUUUGCUACAAAGUGUCUCCAACUAGAAAUGAUGAAUGAAGUGAGAAAUUGUUGAGAGGGCAGUGCUGUGUUUUUGUUUGUUAGGUGUCCUUUUAUUGGGAAUAUAAUUCUGAAAAACUUGUUCAUAAUGUUCUGAUUUAUAUUAAAAAUUUUACACUGUUG